AUGGACGCCGAUAUCACCGGCCGCGUGGGACUGAAUCUAGAAACGCGGUGUUUCCAGACAGAAAAUAAAAAACUUGCUGAGGAAGUUCAGCGCUUUCGCUCUCAAUUUGCCAAAGUGAACGAAAUCGACGCGAAAGUCGCCAAGGCCUAUCGCGAGGUUUGUGCAUUGCUGACCGGUUAUCAGUGCAAAAUCAAGAACGAAACGAUUUUCGCAGAUCAGAGUACUUUCGAGAAUGCGGAAAGGGAGUUCGGUUUUCGGCUAAUGAAAAUGUAG